CUUUUUAGAGGCGUCUUCGCUUUGAACACCUACUGCCCAGGGUGGCAGGUGUUUACCACGGCGGUACUCCGGAAACCAGGUAAACCGUGCUACGAGAUACCAAAAGCCUACCGUCCAAUAGCCCUUCUCUGCACGAUACCCAAAGUACUAACAGCAAUUGUCGCGGAGAACAUCUCACACAUGGUGGAA